AUGUCUGCGAAAGACACCACACUGGAAAUAGAGCACGAUGAUCCUAAAUUCAGGACAACUCCAUUGCAACAAGCAGCUGCUUCCUGUACAGGGGCCAUCAUAACAUCUUUAAUGGUGACUCCUUUGGAUGUCGUGAAAAUUCGAAUGCAGGUCCAGAAAAAGGCCGCGCAAAAUCAAACCAAGUGUUUUUUAUAUUGUAAUGGUUUGAUGGAUCAUUAUUGUAGUUGUAACCCUAAUGAUCCAAAUAGUAGGUGGCUGCAGCGACCGAGCCAGUUUACAGGGACACUGGAUGCUUUUAUUAAAAUUAGUCGUACUGAAGGAAUAAGUUCAUUAUGGAGUGGUCUAAGCCCUACUUUGAUGUUAGCAGUGCCUGCCACCGUAGUAUAUUUUGUAGUAUAUGAACAAUUAAGGACUAGAUUUAAAGAUAGGUACAAUAUAGAUAAAAAAAUAGAUGACACAAAGGUGCAACCGUUUUGGAUACCAUUGGUGUCUGGGGGCAUUGCUAGGAUUAUAUCUGUAUCCAUAGUUAGUCCCCUGGAAUUGUGCAGGACUAAGAUGCAAUCACAGAAGCUUAGUUAUUAUGAAUUAAACCAGGCAUACAAAUCUUUAUUAAGGCAAAGCGGUAUUAGGGGUUUAUGGAAAGGCAUUUUUCCAACUUUGUACAGAGACGUCCCAUUCUCUGCCAUCUAUUGGAUGAAUUAUGAAACUAUUAAAAAAUUAUUGGCUGAAAAUGAAAAUAUUCCUCCAUUUUGGGUCAGUUUUGUGGCUGGUGGUAUAUCAGGUUCUCUGGCAGCCACUGUUACUACGCCCUUCGAUGUUGUCAAAACCCACCAACAGAUAGAAUUUGGCGAAGGUACUUUAUAUUCUGAAGGCGAAACUAAAAGGUCUCGAUCGACCAUGGAGGUAAUCAGGGAGAUACAACGGGAACACGGCUUCAGGGGACUGUUUACAGGACUGGCUCCUCGACUAAUAAAAGUUGCACCGGCCUGUGCUAUUAUGAUAUCGACAUUCGAAUACGGAAAAGUAUUUUUCAAAAGAUUAGUUUAUCAACAGAUUGACGCUCCAUUUAGUGCAUCAGAUUUCCAGGCGUCUUCUAAUCUUGUUCCUAGCAAAGAGGGAUUUUGA